AUGUAUUAUCACCCAUCAACCACUGGAGGUCCAACCGUCUGGGAGUAUGCUGCAACUCCUGGCUUGGCGACAGAUUUUAUUAGCAGCAGUGGUGCAAUUGGAAAAUCAGCCAGAAACUUGUUUCAAACCGGGAUGAAGAAGUUAUGGCAAGAUAGAAAUGAAGAUAGUCAAUCUACAGAUCUUUCAUCUACGAAUACUAUCCCUGCCUCUACUUCCCCUUCCGUGUCGUUUUCUGUUUCCCCUUCUUUUUCAGCAUCUUCAUCUGUAACUCUUUGUAGCUCUGUUACAACCUCUCUUCCAGUUAGUAGCGCUGUUUCAACAUUUAAUCCGAUACGCAAAGAUCUUCAUUUUAAUACGAUUUCCGCAACUUUCGAAUCUUCCUUCCUCUCUGCUGCUACAAAUACCAAUACAAAUGUUGUCACUGAUUCUUUUAGCACUAAUCCCACUCUGGCCUCUUCCAGUGGAUGUGGAUGUACCUCGAUCGGCAAUUCUUCAUCUGUUUCAACCUCUUCUUCCUCUUCUUCAAGCUCCUUCGUCGCUACAACAUCUGUGUCUACCAUAUGUAAAACGACUGCUGCUCCAUCUGUCCCUACAGCAACUUUUAGCACAGGUCAGGAAUAG